GUUUUAAGACACAAACGUGGUGUCUCUUCAUUCACUGAGAGCUUCCUUACAGGACUACGACAAAGGCUUACGGUUGCAAUGAGGGAUGGUCCAAUGCAAAUAAGCGCGAGAGAGCAGACAGACACCGGCUGCAGCCCAUCCUCCCCAGCCAGCAGCAUCACACAGCACUUGACUGGGACCAGAGCUCACAAAGACCUCAUGAUGAUCUCCUCCUGCUCUUAAAAACCAUAUUUAGUAUCCCCUGGAUGAGAUGACAAGCCAUUAGAUUUCAUAGGAUUUCAUAGCGACUGUGGUCGUUGGAUAUUUAAACGCGCAAAAAAGGCUACAACAGCCACGGGUGUUGCAAUGGAGUUGGAGCAUUUCGACGAACGGGACAAAGCACACAGAUACAGCCGGGCGGGUUCACGUGGAAACGGGCUGCCCAGCCCCACGCACAGCGCCCACUGCAGUCUGUACCGAACCCGGACCUUGCAGGCUCUCAGCUCCGAGAAAAAAGCAAAGAAGGUCCGGUUCUACCGCAACGGGGACCGCUACUUCAAAGGCAUCGUGUACGCCAUCUCCAACGACAGAUUCAGGUCUUUCGAUGCUUUACUUGCAGACCUCACCCGCUCCCUGUCAGAUAAUGUUAAUCUGCCCCAAGGGGUCCGGACCAUUUACUCCAUUGAUGGGUCCAGGAUCGCCAGCAUGGAUCAGCUGGUGGAAGGUGAGAGCUAUGUGUGUGGAUCAAUUGAGCCUUACAAAAACCUGGAAUACACCAAAAACGUCAACCCCAAUUGGUCGGUAAGGACCACUGCAUCUGGACGUGGGCCCACCUCUCUGGCCAGCGCAAAGGGCGGCUCUAUGGAAACCAAGGAUAAUAAGGAUUUCAUCCGGCCAAAACUGGUGACCAUAAUCCGUAGCGGGGUGAAGCCUCGGAAGGCCGUGCGCAUCCUUCUCAACAAGAAGACGGCUCAUACCUUUGAGCAGGUUCUCACGGACAUCACCGAUGCUAUCAAACUGGACUCGGGGGCGGUCAAGAGGUUAUAUACAGUGGAUGGUAAAUUGGUCAUGUGCCUUCAGGACUUUUUUGGGGAAGAUGAUAUAUUCAUUGCCUGCGGGCCAGAGAAGUUUCGCUACCAGGAUGACUUCCUGCUGGAUGAUAGUGAGUGCAGGGUGGCGAAAUCGCAGUCAUACGGCCGCAUAUCUUCAAUGCAGGGUCGCUGCUCUCCUCGCAGUGGUGGACCUUCGAGAAGAAGCAAAUCUCCAGGAUCCAGCGGCUCAGCUAACGGUACAGCGGGUAGUCAACUGUCAACUCCACGGUCAGGCAAAUCUCCCAGUCCAUCACCCACCAGUCCAGCCAGCCUGAGGAAACGAAGGGGCUCUCAACAUAGUGGCUCCUCCCUCUCUCUUGCCUCCACCAAGGUGUGCAGCUCUAUGGACGAGGGUGACGGGCCUGGCAGUGAAGCUGAGCUGAUGGAAGAUUGUCCUCAGGUUCCUUCUUCAAUAGCAGAGAGGUACAAAGUCGGAAGAAUGAUCGGAGAUGGGAACUUCGCUGUGGUCCGAGAGUGCGUAGAGAGAUCCACAGGACGAGAGUAUGCACUGAAGAUCAUCAACAAGAGCAAAUGCAGGGGGAAGGAGCACAUGAUCCAGAAUGAGGUGUCUAUUCUUCGGAAAGUAAAGCAUCCUAAUAUUGUUUUACUGAUUGAGGAAAUGGACACUUACAAUGAACUCUACCUGGUGAUGGAGCUGGUCAAGGGUGGUGACCUCUUCGAUGCCAUCACUUCCUCCAAUAAGUACACAGAACGGGAUGCCAGCGGGAUGCUGUAUAAUCUGUCCAGCGCUAUCAAAUAUCUGCACAGCCUUAACAUUGUUCAUCGCGACAUUAAACCUGAGAAUCUCCUGGUCUUUGAACACCAAGAUGGUAGCAAGUCUCUGAAGUUGGGAGAUUUUGGCUUGGCAACAGUUGUAGAUGGACCCCUCUACACAAUAUGUGGCACACCCACCUAUGUAGCUCCGGAGAUCGUUGCGGAGACGGGGUAUGGGUUAAAGGUUGAUAUCUGGGCCGCUGGGGUCAUUACAUACAUUCUGCUUUGUGGGUUUCCUCCGUUUCGUGGGAGCACAGAGGAUCAGGAAGGUUUUUUCGAUCAGAUUUUAACGGGACAGCUGGAUUUCCCUCUUCCGUACUGGGAUAACGUAUCUGACUCUGCAAAGGACCUUAUAACCUGCAUGCUACAGGUGGAGGAAGAUCAGAGAUACACAGCCAUGCAGGUGCUAGAUCAUCCCUGGGUCAAUGAUGAGAAAUUGUGUGAGAAUGAACACCAGUUGUCUGUGGCUGGCAAGAUUAAAAAACAUUUCCACACGGUCCCCAAACCCAACAGCAGCUCCGCUGGAGUCUCCGUCAUAGUAACCACCCCUCUUGAUAAGGAGAGGCAGGUUUUCAGACGAAGACGCCACCAGGAUGUGAAAGCCACCGGUCCCCGCGCCACCCAGAACAUCUCCAGCGCCGCGACCUUCUCCAGCCUCUCCCCGGCCGAAUUCACUUCGGAGUCUGAUGACAUUUCUCCCAGCUCAGCCGAGACGGUUCGCUCUCCAAACUCACCGUUUUAACAGCCAGCUGUUUUUCUGUGUAAUGAAUUGAAGCGUUUGAUUGCAAAAAGGUAAAGUGAAUUAUGAAUGACACGUGAUGAAAGUUCAUUCAUGAGAGUCCAUUUGAGUGUUUUGUUUUGAACAGAAUUACUGAACAAAAUAAAACAGUUUGCCGCGAGGGAUAAUUUCUGUAUUUUUAAAAUUGCAUUUGUUACAUGAAGUGGUUAGCUGGGAAUGGUUGCACACACCCAUAAUAGGUGUAACAUUUUGGUAAUCCAUGGCAUUUUUUUGUGGUUUGCCCAAAGAAGAAACUUACCCUGCUGAAAUAAUACGAAUCGUAAUGGAUUUCAUUACAAAUACAAUUAUUUGGCACCAAAUGCCAUCAUAAAAACUCUUAUGUAAUGUCUUUUGGGUUAGGUAAUAUUUAAUGGUUAUCUUCUAUGUUUUUUCAGCAGGGUAUUGAUUUCAGAAGUAGUAGUUAAUAGAUUUUCCUUCAAUACUGAGUGUUUGGUGCUAUAAGAGAUGUGUUUGGAUUAUGUCAACAUCUGCCUUAUUUUUCAAGCAACCUUAUCUAAUGGUGUGCCCUCUAGUGUUGAAUUGUGAGAAAUGCAGCUAAGUAAGUCAUCUUCACACCGUAAAGGCAUUAAAAAGCACAUUGGGCAUCCGUGUAUUCCUUUUAAUCCCUAUAAUAAACCUGGGAUUUUAGCAUCUUUUCUUUCAAAAUCUUGUAUGUGGGUUUUUACCUUUUGUAUGACCUUUAAUAUUUUAAGGUUUGUACAUUUCAGCAUAUUUGCAUAUUUCAGCAUUUCCAUUGAAAAACGCGUGGUUUUUUUUUUGUCUUGUCUGUGAGAUGUUCUUUAUAUAAUGUGUACACGCUUGAAUAGUUAGACCUCUUUUUGAUGUACGUAUGGCUAUAGAAGUGCUUGUUAACAAGAGAUGGGUGCUGAUUUUGACGUGUCUAGAAACUUGGGGUAGGUCAGCUUUGCUGCUAUAAUCUCUUUCUUUGGUUCUGUCAUUAUGAUAGAUAGACUGUACAGCUACUUCCUGUCAUUUGAUAAGAGAAAAGAAUGUACAAAAAGCUUGUUUGUUAUUCAUUUUGAUGCGUCUUGUUAUAUAUCACAAAGACACAUUAAAAUGUCUGCCAGGUUUUGGGGUAUCAUUAGAUAUUUGGGCUAAUCUUAUGCCUUAUUUGGUAACAUGAAAAGAAUGUAAUGAUCUCAUUUGUUUAGCAUAUGACAUUUUUGGUCAUACAAUGGCCAAACAAGAGAAUACAUUUUACAUCAACAAACGUUUAAACAUUUUAUGUUUGACCAAUAAUGUUUAAAAAAAAAUGUAAUCUUUUUUUUGAUGGGUAAGGUUUACACUCUAUAAAAAAAUUUGGAGUGACGAAACAUCUUUGAAUGCAUUCAGAGAUCAACAUCAUCACUUUUUGUAAUGAAAGCAGUUUAUGCUUCAAGGAACUGACACAAAAACAAUGUGACUAAACUAGACUAAAAAAAUUGUUUCUGACUUCACUGUAAAAAAUGAAAAGUUGGAUCGACUUAAAAAAUACUUCAAUUGGUAACACCUAAAAAAAUAUGUUUUUCUCCUAAAGUAAAACUUUUAGGUUGAAAAAACUUUUAGGUGUUACCAAUUGAAGUAUUUAUUUUUAAGUUGAUACAAUUUUUUACUUUUAACAGUGUUUUAUUGACCAUUUAUCUUUCAAAAAAAUUACAUUUUGCUUGUGGUCAAUUUGAGUGAUAUUUUAACUGAUAACAGUCACUUUACAAUAAGAAAAAAUUGACAAAAGUUGUCACUGCGCUUUAAAAUAAUCCUUGUUGCAUUUUUUUAAAUUUUAAGAAGAAAAAUGUUGCACACCUGUUAGUUCCGGAUAGGUGCGUUGGAUAAACAGACAAUGAAGUCCAAACAUAAUUGACAACGUUUCUAAAAGAUCUUCCUCAGGCAUAUGAUCGAAACUUUGCAAUAAAUAUUUUUCAUAUUUUGCAAGUUAAUAGUGUGCGGGAUACCUUUUAUUAUUUUAAUAAACUUAAAUUUAAAAAUUAAUUUCAAGUUUCUUGACUAGUGAGGAGUUGUCAUAAAUUAAAAAAAUAAAGUUAAUUUAUGUUAUCUUCAUUUUUAUAAUUUAUAGCAACUUGAAAUUAAUUAAUGUAAAUUCAAGUUGAUUAAACGUAAAAAUGUAAAUGCAACAAGGAUUUUUUUACAGCGCAGUAACAACUUUUGUACAUUUUUUACAGUGUUGGACGGUACCUUUUAAAAGGACCAGGGGCCUCAAUUAUAAAGCGUGCAUACGCACAGAUUUGAUCGUAAAGUGUCCAUAUGCAAAAAUCCACCGCAAAGUCCAUAUUUAUAAAAACUGACGUGGAAAUGUGCUAAACGCAACGUCAGGGUCUGAACAGACGUACGCACUUUUGCUUGUCCGAUUACUGCAGGUUUUUGGCAAUAUAAGCCAUUCUUGCUACUCGAAAUUGGGUAUAAACAUUGGCAAGCGCUCUUUUAUAUGUCUAUGGCAAUGUUUAAAGGCCGAGAUCUGAAACUGCUCAGCUGCGCACAAGUUCAAGAAAAUUUGGGAUUUAUCAUUUUCACAUCUGAAAGAAAGGGGUACGCGCAUUUUCUGUUUAAAAAAAUCACACGUACGCAUUUUUGAUAAACGAUCGUACGAUCAAAUGUAGGAUGGUUUCUAUGCAGCAUUUUAUCAAUGAGGCCCCUGCUAUGUAUCAUUUAGGUACAGAUAUGUACCUAAGGGUACCGAUGUGUACCUUUUAGUUGCCCCAGUGACAACUUUUGUACCUUUUUUGAGAGUGUACCCAACCCCAUCACGAGCAGCUAGUUUCUAAAAAGACCUGUCUUGAUUACAAUACAUGUGUUGCCUUAUAUAUUUAACAACUAAAUUUAAGGUAUACAGCUUACCGGAGCCUGUAGCAUGCGAAGGCUUUAGGUACAAUCAUAAUGGGAGACUAAAAAGCACAAAAGUCAAAGAAUGUAGUAUAGCUAAGAUAAGGCAUGAAAUUGCUUUUUAAUUAAAAAAAUAAUAAUUCUGCUGUUUGCUUUUCAAAUUAUUCAAAAGCUAUUCAAAAGUUAAACAAAAGAAGAUCCUCUUUAUUUUUGGGUAGAGGCUGUUCAAGUUUGGUAAGUCAGUCUUAGUGCUGUAGAGCAUUAAAGAUCACAUGCAAAAUUCAGUGACGGAGCAUUAAAGAUCAGGUUGUAUAUUUGUCAAAUGUUGAUCCAUGAUUUGUCAGUUGUUACUUGCAUUAAAUGUCAUUUAAGAGCCUUUGCUUUCAAGUAGCAGUAAACGAAGCAUUCAGCAACAAGCCAAACCUGUGAAUAAAUGAUUUCUCAAGCAGAAACCCGUCUCACUUUC